GUUUCUUACCGUAAGAGGGAGUUCAGACCUAGAUCUUUCCAGUUAAUCACACAACAAACUUAGCUCAUCGCAGUAAAAAGCAGCUCAGAGCCGACAGGCUUUAGAGGCACUGAGUCGUAACAGGAUUCUUUCACCCAGGCAUCUCCCGCAGUGAGAUCCUCUAGCACGUCCAGCAGCACCAUGUGGGUGACCAAACUUCUGCCAGUCCUGCUGCUGCAGCAUGUCCUUCUGCAUCUCCUUCUGCUUCCCAUCGCCAUACCCUAUGCAGAAGGACAGAAGAAAAGAAGAAACACACUUCAUGAAUUCAAAAAGUCAGCAAAGACUACUCUAAUUAAAGAAGACCCAUUACUGAAGAUAAAGACAAAAAAAAUGAACAGUGCAGACCAAUGUGCCAAUAGAUGUAUUAGGAAUAAAGGACUUCCAUUCACUUGCAAGGCCUUUGUUUUUGAUAAAGCAAGAAAACGAUGCCUCUGGUUCCCUUUCAAUAGUAUGUCAAGUGGAGUGAGAAAAGAGUUUGGCCAUGAAUUCGACCUCUAUGAAAACAAAGACUACAUUAGAAACUGCAUCAUUGGUAAAGGAGGUAGCUACAAGGGAACGGUGUCUAUCACUAAGAGUGGCAUCAAAUGCCAGCCCUGGAAUUCCAUGAUACCACAUGAGCACAGCUUUUUGCCUUCGAGCUAUCGGGGUAAAGACCUACAGGAAAACUACUGUCGAAACCCUCGAGGGGAAGAAGGGGGACCUUGGUGUUUCACAAGCAAUCCAGAGGUACGCUACGAAGUCUGUGACAUUCCUCAGUGUUCAGAAGUUGAAUGCAUGACCUGCAAUGGGGAAAGUUAUCGUGGUCCCAUGGAUCAUACAGAAUCAGGCAAGAUUUGUCAGCGCUGGGAUCAUCAGACACCACACCGGCACAAAUUCUUGCCAGAAAGAUAUCCUGACAAGGGCUUUGAUGAUAAUUAUUGCCGCAAUCCUGAUGGCAAGCCGAGGCCAUGGUGCUAUACUCUUGACCCUGACACCCCCUGGGAGUACUGUGCAAUUAAAGUAUGCGCUCACAGUACUAUGAAUGACACAGAUAUCCCUAUGGAAACAACUGAAUGCAUUCAAGGUCAAGGAGAAGGUUACCGGGGCACCAUCAAUACCAUUUGGAAUGGAAUUCCAUGUCAGCGUUGGGAUUCCCAGUAUCCUCAUCAGCAUGAUAUAACUCCUGAAAAUUUCAAAUGCAAGGAUCUAAGAGAAAAUUAUUGCCGAAAUCCAGAUGGGGCUGAGUCACCCUGGUGUUUUACCGCUGAUCCAAACAUCCGAGUUGGCUACUGCUCCCAAAUUCCAAAAUGUGACGUGUCAAGUGGACAAGACUGUUAUCGUGGGAAUGGCAAAAAUUACAUGGGCAAUUUAUCCAAAACACGAUCGGGACUAACAUGUUCAAUGUGGGACAAGAACAUGGAGGACUUACACAGGCACAUCUUCUGGGAACCAGACGCUAGUAAGCUGAAUAAGAAUUACUGCCGGAAUCCUGAUGAUGAUGCUCAUGGUCCCUGGUGUUACACAGGGCAUCCUCUCAUUCCUUGGGAUUAUUGCCCUAUUUCUCGUUGUGAAGGUGAUACCACACCUACAAUAGUCAAUUUAGACCAUCCUGUAAUAUCUUGCGCCAAAACAAAACAAUUGCGAGUUGUAAAUGGAAUUCCAACACGAACAAAUGUGGGAUGGAUGGUUAGUUUGAAAUACAGAAAUAAACAUAUCUGCGGAGGAUCAUUGAUAAAGGAAAGUUGGAUUCUUACUGCAAGACAAUGUUUCCCUGCUCGAAACAAAGACUUGAAAGAUUAUGAAGCUUGGCUUGGAAUUCAUGAUGUCCAUGGAAGAGGAGAUGAGAAACGCAAACAGGUUCUAAAUGUUUCCCAGCUGGUAUAUGGGCCUGAAGGAUCAGAUCUGGUAUUACUGAAGCUUACUAGGCCUGCUGUCUUGGAUGAUUUUGUUAGUACAAUUGAUUUACCUAAUUAUGGAUGCACGAUUCCUGAAAAAACCACUUGCAGUGUUUAUGGCUGGGGCUACACUGGAUUGAUCAACUCUGAUGGUCUGUUACGAGUAGCACAUCUCUAUAUUAUGGGGAAUGAGAAGUGCAGCCAAUAUCAUCAAGGGAAGGUGACUUUGAAUGAGUCUGAAAUAUGUGCUGGGGCUGAAAAUAUUGUAUCAGGACCAUGCGAGGGGGAUUAUGGUGGCCCACUUGUUUGUGAACAACAUAAAAUGAGAAUGGUUCUUGGUGUCAUUGUUCCUGGUCGUGGAUGUGCCAUUCCAAAUCGUCCUGGUAUUUUUGUCCGAGUAGCAUAUUAUGCAAAAUGGAUACACAAAAUUAUAUUAACAUAUAAGGUACCACAGUUGUAGCUGAUGUAACCAUGUCAGAAGCUUCCAUCAAUACAACUUUCUUUUACAUGAAGAUUUUGCAGAACAUGGAAUUAAAAUGUCACUUAAUCCUAAGACAACUACUUGAGUGUCAUGUUUGUUAAGAUACUCAUUAAUAUUUAUGGGUGUUUUCUGUUGUUUUGUUUGUCAGUGUUAUUUUGUAAAUGUUGAAGUGAAUUAAGGUACAUGCAAGUGCAGUAACAUAUCUCCUGAAGAUACUUGAAUGGAUUAAAAAAUGCAAAGGUGUAAUUGCUAGAUGAUGAAAGAUUUAAUGGAAAAGAUCAAUUAAUCUCUCUAUGCUGCUUUCCAAGGUUAGUUUUUUAAUAGUGAAUAAAUCAUAAGUUAAACGUUAUUUUAACCUCACAGAAACAAUUUAUACCUGUGUCCUUAAAUUGUAACUCUCUAUCAAAUUAUAUUACCUCUCAUAUGCUGUACCUUAUAUUUCGUUCAUUUCUCCUUAUUGUGUAUCCUAUAAUACUAGUACAUGUAACUUUUUUCGAAAUCAUGUACCCAUAUGCACAUGCCUGGUACACGUGUACUUGCACUAGAGUUCAAAUUGUGGUGUAUCUAAUGUUACCCCUAAAUAAUCUGAAGAUGAGUACCUAUAGUUUUUCCUUAAGAAAAAAAUAGAAAUAUUAAGAAAAAGUGCACAGUAGAAGUGACUAGCUCAUCCUCUGUACAUAAUUUGCAGAUGACCUUUACUGGUUGGCACUGAAGGUGUGGCCAUGACCCACAAAGUUAAAUAAAAACCUAAUUUAGAUGUUUACAUAUAUUUAUCAACCUAGUUAUUUUGUGUAGUUUCUAAUUCUUAAAGGGAAGAGGGUGAUAUGUGUAUUAGUAUUAUUUCUUCCCUCCAAAUUUAGGGCCACUUAUUUAUGCAAGAUAUUUUUAGAUCUAUUUCCCUAAAGUAUUUUUUAAAUUCUUAGAUAACUGUUCCAAGUGAAGUUUUAAAAUGUUUCGGUAUUUAAAAUUUUUUAAGAAUGUUAACAGUAAGGCUUGCUGCUGUGAUUGGCUUGGAGCUCACCCUCUUUAAAUUUUUUUAUAUAUAAGAAGAAAAUUUCCAUUUGUCUCAAAAGAUUUCUAAGUAGCCCUUCAGUAAAUUAUGCAUUAAAGUAUAUAUUGGAGAAAAAAAUCAAAAUACCUUUCUCACCCAGGAAGUCUUUUAGCCUAAUAAAACUUUACUCCAGUAAAAGAAGAAACAAAUGUAAAACAGGAAAGGAAAGGAACUAGCUUUUGUAAACUCUGUAUUCAAUUAUUUUUUAAAGUAAAGUUGAAUCUGCUGAAUGAGAUAUUUUAUCAAGAUAUCUUCAUUUUACCUUACUUUCUUUACAUAGAUCUUUUCUAAUGCCACGGGAGAUAUUCAUUCAAAUUUCAUGUUUUGUAUGAUAAUAGCAAAUUACCAUACUUAUUAUUGUAUUUGUCAUGAUUAGCUAAAGAUCAUGCAUUUGUCAAGGAAUGAAAUAACAGAGUAAUAGGAUAGGCUCUGAAUUUUCACAAAAUCUUCCUGUAUAAAAGAUCUUUAAAAAUAAUUAUUUGAAUGAUUCAAAUCCAAUAUUCUUUCUCUUAUGUGUUUCUCUUGAGUGAUCUCUAUUGAGGCCAGGGAUGAAGACAAUGCUCUGAAAGCUCUAUGGGACACUAUUCAAUCUUGAGUAGAGUGGUUUUAAGUUUAUCCAAGAGCUUAGUUCAAGAGUCUAGGGCAGCAAAUCCAGAGAUGCUUAUCCAAUUUGUGCCACAUUUUUUUUGUAAUAAGAUAUGUGCUGGUAUUAAGAAACAAUGAAAACAGAGAUCCAACGAGUUGCCAGUCCACACCAUCUUAUCUGAUUAUAUUCCUCUUUCCCUUAUCAGUAUACCAUUUUAAUCAAAACACACAUAAAUUUCAAAGGCAUAUUACCCAAAUAUUAAAGUAUUUUUCAGUUUCUUCUUGCCAGCAAAAUUUUAUUGUCACAUAUUAAUGAUAUUUGUAAAAAUUUAUAAAAUUAUAACAUUUUUAAAUAGUCACAUUUUAAAAUACUUUGUUCAUGUCUUUUCCUCUAAAUUUCCAUGGAAAGAGAGAUAGGGAUUACCUAGAUACAAGAUGCAGCUAACUUCUCAGACAUUUUGAACUCAAUGUUUUCCGCUUUAUUAAAGAGUAAAAACAAGACCACCAAUAAACCAUCAUAGUUGGUGUACAAAGCAUUUCUUUCUUUGGGAAGUUUCCUUUGUAAUAGAAGGAGACCGGUGGAAUCGACAAUGAAAGCAAGAUGAACAAGAUCCAUGUUACCUUAGGUGGUAAGACAGGAUAUAAUCAUGCAUUUUUCUCUGGUAGAAGAUACUAUUUCCUGGGCAUUCUUUUCUUAAUAAACUACAAAAGUGAAAAAUCCAAAUAUCCAAAAAUCCGUUUCAUUUUGAGUGAUGGACAAAAGGAUCUUUUAAAUUAGAAGUUUUCAAUGCUAUUUUUUUUUUUUGGCUGUUUGAAUAAUGGCUAUAUGCUGUUAUAACUGUGGACAUUUUCUUAUGUCUACCAGGAAUAGUAAUGUAAAAUUAAAAUAUUUGUCAUAAUGCCUCUGCCGUGCAGAAAGGAUGAUAUUCCUUUUGUAUACUGCUUUAAUUUUAUUGUAAAAUAUAUAAUGACUUUUACCUAUUUGCUGUGGGCAGGUCCUCAGUGAAAUAGUUUAUACUGAGUCAAUCUCUAGUAUUAACAGGCUCUUGCUUGCUAUCUAAGUGUUUCAAACUAUGACAAAUGUGAGACACUGAAAGGCAAGAAAAAUAACAAUAAUGGCAUGUGAUAGCAAAACUGUAUUUCACUUAUUCCUGUGAAUAGUUCUUGUUGGUACCAAUGGUACUGUACAAAGUGAAUCUUAUAGCCACAACAUUCUCUUGGGAAAAAAACACUGUCAAGAAGUGAGAAAUUGCUGUCAGGCAUUUUCUUGUUGCUUCUAAAUAUUUUUUUAAAAAAGAAAUACUGGUAUUGCAAUAUAAAGAUCAUAAGGUAUAGAAUUUUAAUAAACUCUCACACUAAAAAGUUUUAAACUGAUUUACUGAGAUUCAAAAGAUAACUACUUUCAAUCAAUUAUAUUCCAUAUUUAAGGACAAACUCAUUUGAAAAAUAAAAUUAAUUUGAAUAAAAAGACACAAUCUUUGUGUGAAUAAAUUACUUUUCACAGUAAGGUCCAAAAAGAAGUUAUCUUUCAAAUGAAUUUUGAACUAAGAAUUUACUAAUAAAAAAUGUUAAAAUUCUCUGGACCCUGUAAAUCUUGACAUUGUAAUUUUAAGUAGGUUCAUUUCCAUUUGCACAGAAAGUUUUUGUCUUUAGGAAACUGAAAAUGGAAUACUGUGGAUAUUAUGACUGUUAGUCUUAUGUGUAAAUAGGAAAUUGAUAAGCUAUCUAUUGAGUGGUAUAGUUGGAUGCUUACCCAAAAAGAGAAUACUGUGGUUAGGACUUGUAUAUAAAGUUUCUGUAGUUAAUAAAGUUAUUUUUAUAACCAUGAUUAUAUUGUUAUUAUUCUUAAUAA